AUGGAAAAGGCCUACAAGGUGGAAGGCUAUCGGUUAUUACGGUGUAUUGGUGAAGGAAUGUAUGCUUUAGUGUUCUUAGCAGAAAGCCGGGUGGAUGGGUCUUAUUGUGCGAUCAAAGCUGUGCAUAAGGGUAAGCGGCGAACUAGGGGCACAGUUCAUGCUCGAAAAGAGAUUGCGGCCUUAGGUAGAUUGGCGGGUGUGCCGGGUGUGGCUGUGCUGAAAGAGUGGCAGGAGGAUGACAAUACGGUAUUUCUAGUGCUAUCUUUGCAUACGGGCCAUUCUUUAGAGGAAGUGCAGCGGUUUGUGGACGUGCCCGAGUCUCUGCGGAUUUCGCGGUCUAUUUUAGAGGUACUGAAGGGUAUGCACGCCCGGGGGGUGUACCAUUUAGACAUUAAACCAGCGAAUGUAAUCUUAGGACGGGAGGGAGUGGUUUUAGUGGAUUUCGGGUGUGCGAUUAUUUCGGAGUCAGGGUGGAUAGAGGAGGGAAGUUUGCCCUUUGAAGGAACUCCGGCUUAUAUGGCCCCGGAGAUGGUUAAGAGCCGGCCGGGUGCAGUGAAUCUAGCGGCUUUGGACGUGUGGAGUUUUGGGUGUUUAUUGUACUACUUAGUCACGGGCAAGGAUGCUUUUCAAGCGAGUACUUUGUACUCAUUGUAUCCAAAGAUAGUGCACUGCGAGAUGGAUAUGGGGGCUAUUCCGCCACUAGUAGCUACAAUUUGCCGCACAAUCUUUGUACCAGCGCCUGAUAAGCGGAUUGAUUUGCCGGCUCUAACCGAACUACUGACGAAAGCUCUCAAAUGGGCUGGGUUGGGUUAG